UUCUUUCGGAGGCUAUCGGCAAAUGGUCACACCCUUUGGUUGGAAGGAUCGAUUGAAGGGCCUCUAUACCGAUAAACAACAAUUUCACCGGUGACAAUUCACGGCAUUUUCAACCCAAGAAAUUUCUCAUGUUUUGGAUGCCACGGGGUAACGAUUAACCCCCGGGCCUGAUAAGGGUCAGACAGGAUAGGGAGAUAGCUCGGCCUGAAUUAAAGUAAGGCUAAGUUGAAAUGAAAAUGGCGUGCUGUCUAAGCGAAGAAGCGAAAGAGCAAAAACGAAUUAAUACAGAAAUAGAAAAACAACUACGGAAAGAUAAAAGAGAUGCAAGGAGGGAAUUAAAACUUUUAUUAUUGGGGACAGGAGAAAGUGGUAAAAGUACAUUUAUAAAACAGAUGAGAAUUAUCCAUGGAGCAGGAUACUCUGACGAUGACAAACGAGGCUUCAUUAAAAUUGUCUACCAAAAUAUCUUCAUGGCCAUGCAUGCCAUGAUCAGGGCCAUGGACACGCUCAAAAUAGCUUACCACAAUCCUGACAAUGAGAUAAAUAUGCGUAUUAUUACAGAUAAAAAACUGACUCAGGAGAAUGGAGGCAUGAUAAGACAAGUGGACUACGAGACCGUGACAACUUUUGACCAGCAAUUUGUUGAUGCCAUAAAGCUUUUAUGGUGUGAUAGUGGUAUACAAGAGUGCUAUGAUAGAAGGAGAGAGUACCAGCUCACAGACUCAGCCAAGUAUUACUUGGACGAUGUAGACAGAUUAACUCAACCAAAUUAUCUACCGACGUUACAAGAUAUUUUACGUGUCAGAGUCCCCACUACAGGGAUUAUAGAAUACCCUUUUGAUCUGGAUAGUAUCAUAUUUCGAAUGGUUGAUGUUGGGGGCCAGAGGUCUGAAAGACGUAAAUGGAUCCAUUGUUUUGAAAAUGUAACGUCCAUCAUGUUCCUAGUCGCCUUAAGUGAAUAUGACCAAGUCUUAGUGGAAUCUGAUAAUGAAAAUCGUAUGGAGGAAUCUAAAGCAUUGUUUAGGACCAUUAUCACAUACCCAUGGUUCCAGAACUCCUCAGUAAUCCUCUUUCUCAACAAGAAAGAUCUCCUAGAAGAGAAAAUUAUGCUAUCACAUUUGGUAGAUUACUUUCCUGAAUUUGAUGGUGCAAAGAAGGAUGCACAGGCAGCACGAGAGUUUAUUUUAAGGAUGUUUGUUGAUUUAAAUCCUGACCCAGACAAGAUCAUAUAUUCUCAUUUUACAUGUGCAACAGAUACAGAAAAUAUUAGGUUCGUAUUUGCAGCCGUAAAGGAUACGAUUCUGCAACUGAAUUUAAAGGAAUAUAAUUUAGUGUGAGAAGACAAUUAUUCAGACCAUUACGUAGUUCCAUGGAAACGUGAAAAAGUGGCCUUGGUCAGAAAUAAACUAUACUUUAUAUGACAGCUAGUAUGUUUAUAUGUGUUGUCAUGGAGAUGCAUUUGUUGUCAUUGGCAACCAUCAUCAUCACUUAGCAACUAAAUAUGUCGAACAUCUUGCUGAACGUCCCAAAUAUGUUGUGUUUCUUUGUGGAACGGCGGAAAGAAAGUGAAAAAGGGAGAUGACUGCUAACUCUAUUUUGUUAUUUUUCUGGACGACGGCAAAUGUCAUGAGAGAUCGUUGCCGAUGGCGAAACCAUGGUUACCCAGGAUCAGAAAUCUGUCUUUCUCUUGUCAGAUUUUUUUGUGACUUGGGUUAAGAGACAGAUGAGAAGCGUAUAUGGACCUUUUUUCUAACACUAUAUUAUUAUACUAAUGGUAAACCUGUUAACAGUAGAUAAAUGUCUGAACAUAACAUGGUUCUCCUGGGUGAUAAAAGUUUUGUCCUCAAUUUUCUGUUUUUUUAUUGAGAACAAAUAUUCAUUUCAUUGGGAUACAGGUAUUGUCAUUUAAUGAAUUUUCAAGGGGGAAAUGUUUGCCUCGUCAUUUCCUUACUUCCCAGAUGCAAAUAAAAAUAAUAUUUUAAUCACUGGUGAAUCUUUUCGACUGGAGAGAAUUGACAUCAUAUUACCAAGCACUUUAAUUUUAAUUUGAUAAAGUUAUCUGUCUUUCUAGUUCUAUAGGUUUUUCUUCUAAAAGACUUAUAUAGAUUCAAUAUACUUUAUAUAAUUUUAUUCACAAUUAUUCAAUUGAGCAAUAUGUAGUUUUUUUUCUAACAGGUCUAAAUGUGUAGAAGACCUAUUACACAUAGUUUAUUCUUUUUUAAACUUGCAACUAUAUUCCCUUGAAUUGUUGAUCAAUUUUUUUGAGUUUUUAUUAAAUAUUCUGUCAUGAUCCUGGCUUUAGCAGUUCUCAAAACCUAAAAGAUUAAGAAAUCCUUUUUAUUGUAAUAACUAUUUAGCUAAAGAUAAAUGUCUUUUUCUGAAGAAAAAAAACCAGCUGUACAUAUAGCUUUGGAGGCGCCUCAAAUAACAUUAUUGGGAAAAAUAAUUUUCUGAAGAUCAGGAAUAAGAAAUCAUUUAUUGUAUCCUCAUUGUUAUAGCAAAACCCAAACAAUUAAAUAAGUCCCAAAAGGGGUAAUAUUGCUUUUGUUAGCUGUGGUUGAUUUCCUCCCUGAUUUGUACCAAGGUGUAAGAUUUUUUAUUUUAUUUUUCAUGAACAACGUAAUAUUUUAAAAUGAUAUAAAUACAACCAUUGAUAACAUCAGGGCCCACACGUCAUUGCUAUGAAUGUUAUGCAGGAGGUUUAUAUUCAUAAUAAUUUAUUCCACACAUUCAACAGUGUUUACAUGUAGCUUUUUUUACAUUUUGAUUUUUUUUUCACAGUAAAGAUGUAUCUCCCUGAGGGUGACACCAAAGUGAUAUCUCCCUGAGGGCGAUAAUGCCGCUACAACACCCUGAAAGUGAAAGGGCAACAUUACUUUUAUCACUUGGUUAUAUCUCCCUGAGUGCGAUAUCACACUGGAAGUGAAAGAGCAACAUUACUUUUAUCACUCGGUUAUAUCUCCCUGAGGGUGACACCAAAGUGAUAUCUCCCUAAGGGCGAUAGUAAAAGGGCAACAUUACUUUUAUCACUUGGUGACCUCCAUGUGUUAGUUCAGAUGUUCUGUGGUGAAUGUAGACUCUAUUUAUUCUGUAUCUGUCUGAUAGGAAUUCCUUUGUUUUCUAUGAGUGUGUAUGACUGUGUAUGUGUGUCAGGGGAAUUCCCUACUUUCAUUUUUGUAUUGUGCUUUUUUUAGAAUGGUCAAUUAAUUUCAACCGAUGGGUUUUUUCGUUAUAAUCAUUUUUGCAGUUAGAGAAUCAGGUUUCUGUAAAACAGUAUCAGAUCACAAGCUUCGUGUAAUUGUAACACUUUGGGGUUUUGCUACAUUUAUUUUGUGCUAUUUUUAGGCUGGUUUGACAUUAGAUGGUAUACAAUGUAUGUUGGGCAUUUUGCUUUAAACAAAAUGGAUAAAAUCUACCUUCAUAUGGAAAAGAUUUUGAAGAUUUUGUUUAUUAGAUUCGAUGUUGAAGAUGUAUAUAUGUCAGCUAGUUUUGUAUUUUUAUUAGUGAAUCUUAAAAGAAAAAAUUGAUGUUAUAACAUUUUUUGUGCAUUCAUGAAAAACACACUUAAAUCUUUUCUUAGGUGGGAACUGUCUCAAAAUAUGGCAUUUUUUUUUAUCAAAUGAAUAUCUAAUUUAUUUGGCUUUGACCACCCAUUAAUCUUUAAAAUGUUCAGAGUUAUUGUCAAGUACAAAAACUCGCCCACCAACCAAAUAUAAUAGUAUUUGUUUGGAAAUAAAAACUGCUAAAUUUUGAAAAGUCCCUAUAAAUUCUUCAUACAAUUUGUGUAGCUGCACGUAACACCACCGAGAAGAUUUUUAGGCAAACCAAUGAUAGAUUUAUUUUUAUGUCUUUGAAACGCUUUUUUGACCAAAUUCUUUUUCUUGCCAUACGAACAGGGUCUUCAAGUGCAAUAUGACGAGUGAUAUUACAGUGCUAUUUAAUGUUGCAUUCAGUUUUCAAACCUUCCACUUUUUUUCUUUGAAAUCAGAUUUUUUUUCCAGUUUAAAGGGGUAGACUUCAGUUAAGGUAGAUAACUCAUUAAAUCAGUUAUGCGUUUGUGAAAGGCAAGCUUGUUCAAUUUAUUUUGAGCAUUUACCUGAAACAGAUUGGAUAUAAUCUAAGAAAGCUAGAAAUAUAUUUAUAAAAAUAGUUGGCACAAAUGUACUUAUGAUUUGAAGAGUUAUUGCCCUUAACUUAGUUCAAACUCCUGAUUUGUGAAGAGCUUAAAAACAAAUUUGGGUUUCAAGAUUUUGUUUUAAGGUGUCUGUAGAUAAAAGGCCGGUAUAUUUCAUUGUAUUUUGCAAAUGAUUUCCUACGCAAUUAUCAGUGAAGUAAUUACAAUAGUUCUUUGUUUUCUGAUCUUUGAAAACCGAUGAAGCAAUCAGCCCUUUUUUUUCUUAAAAAAGGUCAAUUUACUAUAGCUAUGAAUUUGAGUCACUAUGGAUACGACCUUUUGAACUUUUGCAACAAGCUGACAUAACCAUGGUAACAAACAUAUGAUGUUAGAACGAAUGAAUGAAUGAAUUUUUUAGAAGUUUUCUGUGAGUCUUUAGUUCAUAGAUAUAUUUUGUUGGUCGUGCAUGAGUGAUUAAAGGAAAAAUAACCUUUCAACCAGACUUUUAUAUAUAAUGUAUUUAUCUUAGGGCAUGUUGAAGACGCUAGUUAAAACUGUUGUCUCAAAAAAGUCAUUCUUUCAAUCCGUAAUUCAAAAUUGCCUCCACUGAAGAUUCAAAUGAAAAAAAUAAAAAUAUAUCCAUAGAAAUGUUUGGCUCUGUUCAAUAUUUUCCCUUCUGAUAACCAGAAAAAUAUCUAAUUACAAUCCGAAGUUUAAGAUGGCGCCAAUAUGACCACUUGUUUUUUGAAAACUUUUUUUUUUAAAUUUAAGAUUUCAGCUUGAGUUUUAAGGGCAGGCUGGGAUGACUUUGUAGACAAUAGUUUUCAUUACUGUUCUUUUGUGCUGAUUAUUUUUGCUAAAUGUUGGUCUUAGUAUGAAAGUGCAAUAUUUUACCAUAUUUGUAAUGUACGAUUAUCAUAGCUGAAAUGAUGGAACUUUUUUUAUUAAUAAAUCAUUUUUGCUAAAGUUGUCUCUCCUUAAGGGGCAAUCUUAUACAAUCUUCAUUUGAGAUAACUUUUAUAUACAGCAGUACCUAACUCCCUAUAUUGUUAGGGGAUCAACUCCCUAGGGUAUCCUUAUUGAUGUAUCAAUUAUUGCAUAGGUUUAAUUCUAGAUGAAUUUGUUUGAUAUAUUUGUAAGAGUAACAAUCAUAAUGAUGAAACAGGUCAGACAUAGAUAUGAAUUUCCUCCUUACCACUAUGGAAAAAUGUAAUUUAACUCAAAAUUCAAGCCGGAACUUUUCUCUCGAAAGAUAUAUUCAAUUUGCAUUAUGAUUGAUAGGAAGAAAAGUCCAAUCUUAAAGUUGAUUGUCGUUGCCAAUUUAUAAGUUUUACCCAUUUUGGAAUGGAGGAAAUAUCAGAAUGAGUUAUUAUGUACCUUUAGUGCACUAUCUUUUACCUUAAGUGCACUAACAUGCACUAUUGCUGUGCAUUCAUCAUAAAACCCGGUAUCUGGUUGACUUAUAACUAAUCUUCAGAAUGGAGUUUACUUUAGAUUUCUUAUUCAAAGAGAUCUAAAUUAAAGAACUCCUUAAAACACUGUUUUAAGGGAGGUAAUACUGUAAAUCUUUCUUGCUUUAAUUGUAUAAUAAUAUAACUGUGUUUAUGAAUCAUAUUUAUUUGUGAAUGGAAUGAGAUGUUUUUUAAGUUAUUAUUUGUCACCAUAAUAAUUCGUUUCAUUAGGGGAUUCCCUACUUUCAUUAUUGUGCUAUUUUUAGAAUGAGACUUUGUAAAUUGUGAUAUAUUUAACCAGUCAAUAUAUGUCUUUGGGUGUCCAAUAUGAUUGGCCGCUAAAGAAGUUUAUACCAUGUAUAUUAUAAACAAAGCAAUUUUUAUCACAAACUAACAAAUUACCAUGGCAACCAUCAUGGACACAGAAUCACUUCAGAGUAUGAGAAUAUCUGUUUUGUCUUCAAGACUUUUAUAAAAUUUCCAAUCAAACAAACCUGAACGUGUAAAUGAUAAAACGUUUUUGAAAUGCAAUGUAUUUUUUUUUAAUAACUAUAGUAUACACAAAUACAGAAAAGUAAAUCAUUUUAAGAUUAAUAACAUACAAAAAAAAAAGAAUUUAAACUGUACAACAUGACUUCUCUGAUUCUAAAAUGAAAUUCAGAUUACUACUAAAAUAGAAAUACCUUACAGGGUGCAGUUAUUGAUUUGAUCAUACUGUGAAAUGAAUUCUCCCUGGCAAUGGUUGCACAUGGUGAAACAUGAUAUACAUACAUACAAAUAUUUAAUAUCAGCUUUUUGUAACAGAAUGGAUUUAUGUUGUUUCCAUGGUCAAGCAAUUUUGUCCUAUUUUUUAACCUUUGACCUUUCAUUCAUACUUAUGACACACAUAUUUUUGGUUUGUACAGAUUAGAGUACUCAGGAUUUAUUUUCUGAUAGAAUUUGUUGUAUUCAGAUAGAAGACAUUUAAAAUAUCUGUUCCAGACUUUUCAGUACUCAUUGAUAUAUUUGUCAAGGCUUCAUAGACUAUUCUCCCAAACAGAUAAAGUUCUGGUGGGCAUUAUUUUUUAGCAUCAGCUUGACCAAGUGACCUGUACAAAGAGACAGCAACUAACCUGUACAAAGAUGUUUGAUGGUUUUCUAUCUCUCAAUCUCUUACCCUUAAGAAACAUUCGUCAGGAAAUUUGGCUUUCCUGUUUCAAUCCAAUACUAUGCUUUUGUAUUCUAUAAAAUGGAAGUUGUAGGGCGAUGGUUAGGAUCCCUUGCAAGUCACAACUCCAGGACAAGAUUUUUUACCAUCUAAAUAGAAACUUUAAAUGAUCUGAAUUAAAGAUUUGCAUAAUAAAGUCAAUUGACUUCAAAACAUUUUUUAUGAAACUAGAGAUCAUAUGUCAAAGUGUUUGAUUAUUUAAAGAUUAAAUGAAUUGAAAAUAAUAUCCCACUUCAUCCCCUCAUGUCUGAGAAAAAAUCAGCAUUAGACUGAAAAAAACUGCCAAAGUAUUUUUUGUGAUCAAAACAUUCAAGAUGGCACCAAAGCUUUUUCUUUAAUUGUCAAAAUAUGCAUCGUUCUUUUAAACUAAUAUAUAAAAAAAACCUACAGAUUUUGACAUACAACUUGUCCAACAUUUUAACCCUUUUUCUGGCAUUUAUAAGUAUUCACUGAGAAUUUGAAGCUAGGAAUUAGCCUUUGGACAAUGACACUCGUUCCAUACUUUUGAACUCCUCUAAAUCUGAGAAUUUAAAACUUUGCACAAUGUUUUUAUACCAUGUGUACCCUUUUCAAAAUCAUUUAAUUUGACCAGAUGACCACACAACUUUUGAGAGUUUCUCAAUUUUAUAACUUAUUCACCUUUGCAUAUCAUUUUCUGUCUGUUUACCUCUUUUAAUCUCUUUAAAUUCACAUGUCGAACUGUUUCCGUGUGUAACUAGUCUUUUAACCAAUACAAAUCAAAUGUUCAAAGGUCAAAGUUGAAGGUCAGUGCAAUAAAUGUCAUGCAUGAGUAAUUUCUAAUUGUUAAGUUCAAGGUUGUUUAUAUUUCACUGCAACCUCUUUUUUGUAACUGUACCAAAAAUAAGUGCUAAUGUUUAGACCAUUCAAAAAACAAUGUUUCAAAGCUUCUGUGAUUUGGCGAAAAAUCUGUAAAAUUAGACCAAGACUGAAAAGUUGUUUAUUUAUAAAAAUUAAGAAGCUUUUAAAACUUUGCAACAAAUAUUUAUGAAAUAUAUCAUGAUUUUUGUAAAAAAGUAUACUUUUUAGAUUUUAAAGAAAAAAAUAUGGAAAUUAAGUUUAGAGAAACCUUUUUUGAUUGGUCUAAAUCUUUAAUUGUUUUACUUGUAGUAAUGAGACUGUAGGUUUGUUAAGCUAUGCAUCAUUGGAUCAUAAUUACCAUGUGACAUCUGAAACUAUGUUAUAUUGUCUCUACUUUUUUUAUUAAGCUCUGAUUUUUGUGGUUGCAACUUUCAACUUUUUUAACUUUUCUUUUCGUAAAAUUUCAAACUUUUAUAAUCCCAAUCAUAAUUUGGUAAAACUUCUGAUCUUUUAGGUCAAAUGUAAGUUUGCUUUCAAUCAAAUUAAGGAAGUUUUUAAAGAUUAUAAAUUUAAUAGAAAUGAAGUAAUACAAUAAAAGCAACCAAUUAGGAGAUAGCUGUAUAUUUUUAAGCUCUGACAGCAUUGAUUUGUUAUUUGAUGGUCCCAAAUUAAGUUUAAUGGUGACGUGGUAGCUAAAAAUACAAUAUUAUUCUUCAUUUCUAAUGAGACUUGCAGAAAACAAUGUUAAAUCAUUAAUUUAAAAUCGCAUACAUCGUCUGCACAUGAGUAUGUUUCGGAGCAUCAAUUGUGAAUUGAUGCCAUGAAACUGGUGUCGUUAUCCAAUCAAAAAGAAUGUUACAAAAGAUGUUGCAUUAGAAUUGGUACUCCAGUGAUGCAUAGCAUUAAACUUGGUUUAAGUUUAAACAGUUUUAACCUCAGGUUCAAUCAGUGUCAAAGAAUAUUGGUUGAUCUUCAAAAUGAUGAAGAAUCUUGUUUUUUUCAUACAGAAUUUGAACCAAGUGUAGAAACUAUAGUCUUAUAAUAAUUCUGUCGCAUUAAGUGUAACAAAGCUAAUAUUUGUACAAUUUCUGUUUGUUUUUAGGUAUACGUACAACCCGUAAUGAUUGACCCUGACCUUCGCCAGUUGGUUCAUUGACCGUGACAUUUGUCAAGGUCAAAGGUCGUACUGAGAAAUUUAAAAAACAGGAGGCAAUUUGUGCAGAUUAAUUUUGAAUCUGGGUUGUUUUUCUUUUUCGUUCAAAUUUUUUCAAAAUUAUAUAGGAACGAUUUGAACAAUUUUGAAACAGAGGCUGAGAAUAUCCGAAGUCAAAUGUCAAUCUUUAUGGGUUGUAAAGCAGUUGUAUGUGUCUUAAUUUGAGUUGUGAACAGAUUUUUAUUUUGUUAAAAGAAUGUGCUUUUUGUAUUGAAACAAAACAUGUUUACUUUAAAAUGGAUGUCAUUUGUCAGGAGUUAUCUCCCCAUUACGGAAAUAAAAUGCCAUCUAUUACAUGAUUAAAAUAAUCCAUUCAUAAA